AUGCGCUCAACUGAAGCCUUCUUCAAGGUCUUGGUGUUUGGAGUGGUGAUAACAUAUUUGUGGAUUGCCCCUUACACUAAAGUCGAGGAAUCGUUCAAUCUUCAGGCUAUACACGAUAUAUUGAACUAUGGCAUAUUCCCAUCCUCCCAAAUCGAAUUAUAUGACCACAAGAGCUUUCCGGGAGUUGUUCCUCGAACCUUCAUCGGAAGCUUGUUAAUAUCUACAGCAGCUAUGCCAAUUAUCAAAGGGUUGCAAUUCUUUGGAAUUAACCUCUUGGAAGGUGAUCAAUCGAAUUUACAGCUACUCGUACGGCUCCUCAUUGGAGUUGCAAACGUUCAUCUGUUUAAUAAUUUGGCUACCAGUGUAAAUAAGAUCGAUUUUCAAGCACGAAAGAACAAAAGACCGUCUCACAUUGGAACCUGUUACUUGUUGUUGCUUUUGUCCCAGUUCCAUAUUUUGUUUUAUGCUUCACGACCAUUACCCAACUUCAUCGCCUUACCAUUUUUCAACUUUGGUCUCUCCAAAAUAGUUAGAGGUAACAUGGCUGGGUUGACUUGGUUAGCGUUCAUCGGCAUCGUGUUCAGACUUGAGAUCGGAGUGCUUGGGUUUAUUGCUGCAAUUGUGUUUAGUUUGGUGUUUGGUCAGUCCAACGUAUUCACCAACUUGAUUCUAUUGGCAUUUGGAACUUUCUUUGGGGCAGCUUUAUCUUUUUUGGUGGACUCCCAUUUUUGGGGCUAUAAUGUGAUUCCAGAGCUCCUGGCGUUUGUAUUCAAUGUUGUGGAAGGAAAAUCUGCUGACUGGGGAGUAGAGCCUUAUGCUGCAUACUUCAAGAAAUACAUUCCCCAGCUUUUCAGCCCCCCUGUGGUUUUACUUUUGUUACCCUUGGGUCUUCUUUCCGAUCCUUCUGAUGAUGGCUUGGUUGUCCUCGAUGACCACAAACAGGUUAUCCACCGUCCAUCUUGGAAUAGUUUGAGGGCCUUGUUCAUUAGUGCCAUUCUCUUUGUGGCCGUCAUGUCUAUUCAACCUCACAAGGAAUGGAGAUUCAUCAUUUACAUUGUACCUGCUUUAACAUUGGUAGCAGGAUACGGUAUCUCCUCCUUGGUCGACAAGUCUUUGACUUCGUGGUCCCGAAGGGUGACUGUUUUCGUAAUGGUUGCCUUUGUUGGAGUCAGUUUUAUUAGUUCCUGUUCAAAAGCUUACAUAUCAAGCUUCAAUUAUCCCGGAGGAGAAGCCUUGAGACUCGUCAACCAAUUGGCUGUAAAUUCAAAUUCUUCGAAGCAGAUAUUGAUCCACCUUGAUGUACCAACGUGCAUGACAGGUGCUUCUAGAUUCGGAGAACUCCACAAUCAAAGAGUGGUUUAUGACAAGACAGAGGAUCCGAGUGAACUCAAUAAAAUUUGGGAACAUAUCGAUUUCUUAGUCACAGAAGUAAGAGUCAAUGAUCCUGUUUGGGAAAAAGCUGCUUCCGUCCAGAAGUUUUCUCAAAUAUCAUUAUACCCGGUGGUUUCCCUCUUCCAACAGCAUCCUACAAAAGAGAAACUUGUUAAGCACCUUGCAAAUACAUUUGUGGACUCCUUCAAAACUAUGGACUUUUCGGCUUUUAAAGAAUUUGUGGAUUCUGCAGUCUUGAAGACAGACUACAUUUAUAUCUACAGGAGAAUAAAUAGUGAACCUGGAGAACCAAUUGCUGAAACCUAUUCAAAAAUUGAAGAAUUAGAAGAACCUGAUAUGGAAGAAGUAAAAGAGCAAAUCAACGAGCAGAUUGACGAGUUGGAACAGUGA